AUGUCCACUCCGGACUUUGAUCUUGAUCAGCUCUCUGAUGCUGAGAGAACUGCUCUGGACACAUAUACAACAGUGACAGGCCAAGAACUUACAGAUGCCAUUCCGUUAUUACGUCGGUCGCAAUGGAACAUCCAGAUCGCCAUAGCCAAGUUUUUCGAUGGCGAGGGCCCAGAUCCCCUUGAGGAAGCUCGCUCUGCGCUACCACAGUCUACUCCCCAACCAAAUCGGCAAACCCGAAACCUGAUGACAGAGGACCUCACUGAACAACUGUCAUUCACGGCACGUAGUAGUGCUGCCGAUGCAGCCCCAAGAGUCGAUACCCAAUCAGAUGAUCAGCCAGUUUAUCGACCACCGUUGAUCAUUGCCUUACUAUUCACUCCAUUUAAUCUAGUCUACCGACUCCUUUUUAGCUCUUUCCGUCUCUUCGGGACCCUAUUUCCCUUCCUACCUCGACUGUUCAAUGCCACCGCAAACCCAGCCCUCCAGGGCACACGAAGAAACACCACUGGCCGUCGUGCCCUUGGUCCAAAAGACACCGCCGCUCGAUUCAUCCGCGAGUUUGAGGAGGAACAUGGGUCACAGCCCAUUCCGUUCUUGGAGAAUGGGUACAACAUGGCAUUGGAGAAGGCCCACCGCGAUCUGAAGUUCUUGGUAGUCAUCCUCUUGUCCCCUGAACACUAUGACACAAACAGCUGGGUACGUGAUACUCUACUGGCGCCGGAGAUAAUGGAGUUCAUCAACGACUCCCGGAAUAAUCUACUUGUGUGGGGUGGAAAUGUCAAAGACUCCGAGGCAUACCAGGUUUCCAACUCCCUCCGAGUGACCAAGUUCCCUUUUGCGGCUGUGAUGGUCCACACACCCAAUGUGUCUUCAACAGCGAUGUCAGUGGUGGGUCGCAUUGCAGGUCCUACUACUCCGACGGAAUUUACGAACAAGCUCCGCAAAGCUAUUUCCUCGAAUCAAGAACCGUUGGAACGAAUUCGCGCUAGCCGCGCCGAGCAGCAAGCAUCUCGGAGUCUACGUGAACAACAGGAUUCCGCCUACGAGCGAUCAUUGGCUAUUGAUCGAGAACGGGCGCGCCAACGCCGAGAAGAGGAGGCUGCUCAGCAGCGAGAGGAACAGGAGGCGGCAGACCGCCAAGCUGCGCAUGAGAAGCAACAGCGUGAUCUUGCACAGUGGAAGAAGUGGCGGGUACAGUCACUGAGUGCAGAGCCUGGCACUGAUGUCAAGGAUGCCGUGCGGAUCAGUGUACGACUACCCAAUGGAGAGCGGAUCAUGCGUCGGUUUGCAGCCGACGCCGAAUUGGAAGAGCUAUAUGCGGUGGUGGAAUGUUACGAGGAAUUACAAGGGGAGCGGGACUCGGAUGUAUCCGAACCGGAAGGGUUCGAGCAUAAAUAUGGAUUCCGACUUGUUUCACCAAUGCCUCGGGCGGUGUAUGGGGUGGAAGAUGGCGGAACGAUCCGUGAUAAGAUUGGACGGGGAGGCAAUCUGUUGGUGGAGCCGAUUGAUGAGGAUGAGGAAAAUGAAGAUGAAAGUACAUGA